UUGAACCUUGAGCGCGCCCCUGGAAACUAUUCUAGUCGCUUUUUCGUAAAUCGGCAAUCGUUUCGGACUUUUUCUGAUGUCAAAACAUCCAAUAGCGGGAAAUUCGUAUUUACCCGCACUUCCCCACACCACAAUCAUCUGGGCAAAACCAUCAACCGCAUGCGCCCGCAAGCAGGCAAAAUUUUAAUUUUCGCUCGUGGCUUGGCUAGUGUAACUUAUAACUAAUAAUCUGACGUUUGUGGUAUUUCUUUGGCAAUGAGAUUGUUUGUGAAAAACUAUUUUGAGUUUUUGUGUGAAAUUUAAUUAUUUCUUCCUGGACUAAGUUUUGUUCCAAUUUAUUAUUAGGUAUAUGGCUUAAGUAUACUUUUAUUUUAUAAUCCGACUCGGACCAGGAAAACAUUUCGCAAAACUCCGACAUGUCGAAUUCAGCAGACAAUUCAGCAGAGUCAGAGCAACUCGAGGAAGCCCUAGGAAACUCAAAUUUAAAUAUUAUUGAGAAUAGCGCAUUGGAAACGCAAUCUGAUGAAAUCACCACUACAAUGGAAUACCACCAAAAUCCCAAGGUUGUUCCGGAUAUUUCUCCCAAAAAUAGUACAGUUUCAGUUAAUGGAAAGAUAAUGCCUCUGGUUUACAUUCAGAAUGGUAAAAUGCCAUUUCCAAACAAGCUGAGCAAAGGCAAAUUUUUUUUACACCAAGUAUCACCUAACAGUGUAAAUAUUGUCACGAACAUAGUCACCAAACCUGCCAUCACUUCAACCAAUACAAUUUCUUUGAAAAAUAAACAACCAGUUCUCAUUGGAAAAGGCAAACAGUUAGUUUUGCCUAAAGUUUUGCCCAAAGUUUUGCCCAAAGUUUUGCCCAAAGUUUUGCCCAAGGUUUUGCCCAAGGUUUUGCCUGAAAAACAAAUCACAAUUGUUCCUAAUAAAGGUGGCAAAGUCACCCGACCCUUUGUCACCAUGCUAAAACCAUUUCCCAAAUCUGAGGGUCAGUCGCCCAUAAAAUUGGAAAAUGAGAGUACUCAAGGAUCUGGAGAAAGUUUCACUCAAGGUAUUACUAUUCCAAAAAAUUCAACACCAUUUCAAACGCUAACAAAGACACAACCUCCAAAAUUUCUACUAGCUAGACCAUUAUCAAAGUUAUUACCAAUGCCAAACAUUCCAUCAAAUAAAUUACCUUUUACUGCAACUACCUUGGCAACUACAAAUACCUUACCAAUAGGCAAGUUUACUGUUUUACCAGUACCAAAACCAAAAGGAGAAUCGAAACUAUUCCCGAAAUACACAAACAUAAAGAUAGCCGAUGGAAAAUUGUGUCCACCACAAAUUCCUCCAUCCACUGUUACAAUACUAAAUGAGAAUUUUAGAAGACCCGAACCUAACUUUAUCCCAGAAAUUAGUAAAACUGAAAGUGACCUGGAGAAAGAUGAUACAGUUUUACCUGAUAAUGAAAACAAAUCUUAUGAAUUAUCAAUAACUGAAGAAGAAUUAUUUAGUAACGAAGUUAACUUUGGGUCGCCAGACAAUCAUUCUUCAAGUGAAAAUUCACCUGUAAAUAGACAACCAGUCAAAUUAACUCCAGGUGCAUCACUUCUUAAGAAAAACCCUACAAGUAGUGUUCUUCAAGAUAACAACAAAAGCCUUGAUAUAAACAAUAUCAGUAAACUUGAUAAGCAAAAUAAUAUUACUAUUAUAAAACCAAAUGGCAUGGAGGAAAAAAUAAUAAUGACAAUGUCUGGGUCAUCUAUCAAUCAAAGGCCAGAAAGUGAAAAAAGCAGUAGAAGGAAGUGUCAGGUCAAUGCAAAAAAAGAUUUUGACAUGGAAAUAAAAUUCCUUGAGGAUGUGCUACCAGAAGCCAACAUCAAGGAAGAGGAAUCCAUGCCUGAUGUAUCAAAAACCGAGAUGAAAACAGAAAAUCCCAUUAUAGAAACAUUAAAAGAAGAAGUUAAAGAGAAACCGCCAACGGCUAUUGAUACUGAAAUUAAGUCUGAAGAUUUGGAAGCUACCCAUUCAGAAAAACCAGAGGAAAAGCCUAAAACAAUGCUAGAUCCUAAAGCUUUUCUAGGUCUUAAAAAUUUAGACUUGGGGGAUGCCUAUAAAUGUUUGGUUUGGGAGGAUGAUAUAGGCAGUCUUCCUGAAAGUGAUUUGAAAUUUAUUAUUAACGAAUUUGGAAUUUUGGAAUUCCUGGAAGAAACUGAAUAUAAGAAAAUCUUGAGGAAGAAGGCAAGAAAAGUGAAGGAGAAAAACAAUUUGGAACGAGAAGUGCAAUGUGUGGAAUGCGGGUGCCAUGGAAUCCGAGCGGAUUUUGUCAAUACAAAUUUUUGCAGUUUGGAUUGUCAGGACAUAGUCGCUAGGAGACAACUUGAACCAUCCACAGCGCCCGGAAAAGGAGUAAAACGUAAAACAAUAAAGAAAGAAAAAUCAGACAAUGAUAUCAAAGACACCAGCGCAGAAGAUGAGACCUCCAACGAUACAUGUCAAGGAAAAUAUGUUUAUCCAUGGGAAUGCAAAAAGAAGGGAUUUUCGUGGUCCAAAUAUUUGUUGCAUAUAAGUGCCAAAUCAGCUCCUGUUAAAUUGUUUAAAGAUCCGUUUCCCUACACUCGAAAUGGAUUUAAAGUUGGCAUGAAAUUAGAAGGAGUUGAUCCACAACAUCCAUCAUAUUUUUGCAUAAUGACCAUUAAGGAUGUUGUUGGGUAUAGAAUUUGCAUGCAUUUUGAUGGAUAUUCAUCAAAAUAUGAUUUUUGGAUAAAUGCGGAUAGCCCAGAUGUCUUUCCCAUGGGCUGGUGUGAAAAGAACGGUCACUCACUACGCCCACCACCUCCAUAUACUGAAAUGAACUUCAAUUGGAUACAUUAUCUCAAAGUAACGAAAGGCUUACCGGCACCAAAGCACCUUUUCAUCAAUAGAGGACAAGCAAUUUGUCCAAAUGGCUUCCGUAUUGGCAUGAAGUUAGAAGCAGUUGACAGAAAGGAUACAUCCCUAAUAUGCGUCGCCACAGUCAGGGACAUGAUGGAUAAUAGGAUAUUGGUGCACUUUGAUGGCUGGGAUGAUAUUUAUGAUUAUUGGGCUGAUCCGUCUUCACCUUAUAUUCAUCCAGUAGGAUGGUGUGAUCAGUAUGGACAUGAUUUAACUGCGCCAAGUGAUUAUCCGACCCCUGAAACUUUUACAUGGGAAAAAUACCUGAAGGAAACCAAGGCAGUAGCAGCACCUGUCAGGGCUUUCAAGCAGAGACCUGUGUGUGGAUUCAAGAGGGGCAUGAGACUGGAAUGUGUGGAUAAGAGGGUUCCUCAUCUAAUAAGGGUAGCAACAGUAGAUGAUGUCAUGGAACACCAAAUCAGAAUUCAUUUUGACGGCUGGCCAGAUAGGUACAGCUAUUGGGUGGAGGACGAUAGUCCUGAUAUUCAUCCAGCCGGUUGGUGUCAGAAGACAGGCCAUCCUCUAGAACCACCACUAACGCCAGAAAACGUCUAUGACUUCCUUGAAUGCCCUACAGUGGGAUGCAGGGGUCAAGGACACACUGAAGGUUUGGAACACACAACGCACUCUUCUCAAAAUUUUUGUCCUUAUGCCGACAACAAUAUUGACAAACUUUUGCCCGACAGGUUACUAACUCCUGAUAGAAAUAUUGAGGAAAAGGAACCUGUUUCAAGACAACCUAGGAAUACAAGAAAACGUAAACUUCCAAAGCCCCCAAAAUGGCAAAAACGUUCGUCGCAAGAUAAUGACGUCAAUUAUGAACCCACCAAUAGGAAACGUAAAACCGGAGAUUUCAAAAAACGGAUUAUUAAAAGGGAGCCUAAAACCGAUGAGGACAAAAAACCCUCGACUUCUAAUGGGGCGGUAUCAUCUACAAGCAGGAUGACUCCUGGGACCCCGCCUCUCCCAAAGGAUACUUAUACUUUCAAAAGAGAUCUCGGAAUGGAUCCAGCUGAAAAGGAAUCGUGGAAGGCAAAUUCAGAUUUCUUAAGAGAUUUUAUACCAACUAAUACAAACCCUUUGAAAUGGUCUCACAAGGCCGUAUAUACAUUUAUGUCUGCAAUACCUGGCUGUGAGAUGGACAUGGCCGUAUUUGAAGAGCUUGAAAUCGAUGGUGAGGCGAUGGUCCAGUUAAAAAUUUCAGACUUGAUGCGUUUUUUUAAACUCAAAGUUGGAGCAGCGCUCAAGCUGUAUAACAGUAUUUUGUUGAUAAGAGAACAGAUUUGUGAUGGAGAAAAGAGAAAACCAUAAUUGUGAUAAAAAGUCUGGAUCCUCUUUUCUCAUUAGUUUUGAAAUAAUUUGGUAUGUAGAUAGCUUUAAGCUAUUUUUCUUUAUUUUACUGGGUUUUGUUACUGUACUUAUGUAUCAAAUUAUGAAUACCUAUUCAUAAAUAUUUACAAACCCGGUUCCAUGAAAUACAGGCGCAGAGCAACAGCAACAAGGCCCUACAAAGGGAAGUUGUCCAAUGCUUCAAAAGUACCAUGCCACACCUAAUGUUUUCUUAUUUUUUCUCUGGCUGUCGUUUUUCUGCCCAUGUCGAUUUUUUUGUCAAAAGUCAAUUUUCUAUAAAUAUUUCAAAUGAUCAUUGGACAGCAGCAGAGGGUCUUCUAUACACAACAUACUAGUCCUAUGACCGUCCACCAUUUCCAUGUGCAUUUUUUUGUUUAAAAUGUAUUUGUCGCUGAGCUUUCUGCCGUAAAGUUCGAGAAAUCCUAUGAACCAAAAUUGUCUUAUCCCACCCUGAUAUUUUUUUCAGAUCCCUUUUAAGUAGAAAUUGUUUGAAGGCAUAAACAAAUUUGGCAAGCACUCUUUUUGACAUGUUGAAGGAUAUCUUUACCUUAGCUUAAUUCUUUUUAUCCACGAGUUUAACGAUGGAGGCGGAAGCCUUGUCCAACACCUUUAUACUGUCCUCCUGAGCAACUCCUCGUUCCAAAAAUUCCUGUUUCAAGGUGCGUAAAAGCAGAUUUGACGAUUUGCCUACAAGAUCAAUUUUGCUAGUUAGUAAGAACAAUUCUGUACGAUAUGAACCAAAUAUUUUAACUUAAGCCUCGAGUAAUUUGGACUUGGGAGUCAUGUAUUGAUAGAAGUGUUCAAUUUCUUUGUGGAGUCAGCGAUUGCCCAAAUUUUACUUUUCCUGUCUCCAUAGAGCAUCCAAAAACCGUUCAUGAAUUUUAUUUAUUGUUGAAUUUUUCGUCAUAUUACCAGCAUCGGUAUCGCUACUAUCCUUCAAUUCCCCUGAAAUAAUACCCUCAAUUUUCUACUGAAUUUGCCACACUCUCAGCCAUAGGACUUUGACUGAAUACCAAGACUUUUAUUUUAUUUUACACAGAAAAUCACACAACAAAGUCACACCACCGUCUUCUUGGUGUUUGCAAAAAACAUUUUGACAGAGACAAUGCUGAAUGACAAUAUGAAAUGAACUCUCAAUAAUGAUUUGAAUUAUAUGUAUAGAAAAUUGACUUCUGACAAUAUUUGUGAUGCAUCACAAUGGUUCUCAUUUACAUUUUUUAAUUUUUUUUGAGGAGGUUAGAACCAAGGUUUAUUUUUCUUCAAAUUUACUUCAACCCAUUAAAUUAGGUUCUGGGUGUCACAAUGAAAGAUUAGGGUUUAUUAAUUCCAAUAGAAAAAACUUUAUACUUUUUUUUUUAGAUAUUUAAGCACUACCUUUUUAUUAAGUUAAACUUUUUUCAAGCAUAACAUAAAAUAUUUUGUACCACACAGAACUUCAUCUUGGGGUUGGUCUCUUAUAGCAGGUGCCAUAAUAUUCCGCUGGAAUUAUUUUGCGAAAAAAUCGUAUCAGAACAUGGCGGGUACCAAAAUCUGAAUUGAAAAGUCCCACCCUUUGAAAUAUGUUUUGUAAAAAUUAUUUUUGCAUGUUGCACAGUGCUAAAUAAAUAAAUAAUAAUUUUGUGUAAAUAUUUAUUUGCAUGUUCAAUGGUUCGAAAAUUCUCAAGUAUAUUUUUAUGAGUAGGUAUUUGCAACAGCUCUGCAUAUGCAUUAGAGUGAAAAUAUGAUUUUACAGACCAAUACUUAGUUUUAGUUGUCAGUAAAGUGCCGAUUCACACUGAGUUUUAUGUUAAUGGAAAAUUGGUGUUAUAUCCAUUCUACAAAUCGGACUUUAUUAUUAUUAUUAUUGUUAUAAGGGAAAAUAAUUAUUAUGUAUUUGUUUGAUUUAAUUUAAUUGGAAUUUACUUCUUUUUACACUUUAACUUUAUUUCACUAAUCAUGUUUUUUCAUUAUUGUAUUAAGAAUAAGAAUGUGCUCCUAAGUUUUUGCUAUAUCAUCGUGUGAUAAGCCGCUUUAUACAUGUACAUAUUUUGGUUUCUACUAUAACCGAAUAAAGUUUUUGUUUUCGUAA